GCCUUUGCAGGAUUUGACCUAAACGCAGAUCUACGUUCGUCGUGUACCUACUUCGGCUUUUCGAUAAUUGAUAGUCAUAUCAUUCACACUGGGUCUUUGAAUUGAUGCUUGACUGUGUUUUAGCAAUAUCCUCACACAGAUGUAUCACGCCACAAACCAAGCCAUGAUGAACAACACAAUCUCUCCUUCUCCGUCUACAAGCUCGAGCUCUCAUUGCGCUGGCGGGGAGAAAACGAGCUCUUGGAUGGACAUACACAGUUUCGACCCGCAACAGCAACAACAACAACAACAACAACAACAACAACAGCAACAACAACCCACAACCCACACGCCAAGACGGCCCUUCCAACGCCCCGUCAUCCCUGACGAAAUCAUCGCCGCGACGGAAAAAGGCAUGAUCUCCGCUCCUAUGCUGUGCUCUACCCUCCCGCAGACAUCAAGGCCUACGGGGCCGCCGCCGUCGGAUCUCACGGUGCAGCAUCAUCCACGGCAGGAUGGGCGGGCGGUGUCGGAGCAAGGGGAGGUGCAGGCACGGUUGUUGUAGCUGGGGUUGUGGUCGGGGGGUGUGAGGAUGUUUUGCGGUUUAGGGGAGAAGUUCAGCAUUGACGGGAUGUUAAAUAUGGGGGGUUUGGAUGGCAUAUAGUAAGCCUAGAUGCGAGGAGAUGCGAGUGUUAGGUGUAUUCAUUCAUACUACUGGUGCUAUUCUCCGUGUAAUCGGACAUCAGCAA